CUCCGCAUCCAGCCCGGACUCCCUCCCUCUUCCACUCAGACGAGAAGAAAACGCCUCGAAAAUGUCGAGUUCCUCAAACCUCGUCGCCAUGAAGAAAGUGGUGCAGCAGCUCCGCUUCGAGGCGAGCAUCAACAGAGUGAAGGUCUCCCAGGCAGCUGCAGACCUUCAACAGUUUUGCCUUCAGAACGCCUUGCAGGACCCUCUGCUCACAGGCGUGUCCUCCAGCACUAACCCGUUCAGGCCGCAGAAGGUCUGCUCCUUCUUGUGAAACCACUGCAUUCAUUGGCCUUCAUUUUGAUGCUACAGGGAAAAGUUGACCUCAACACUGCUCCUCAUGCCAAGCCAUUAUACUGCCACGGGAUCUCUGGAGUGUAGAAAACAUUGUCAGGAAGAUGACCAUCUAUUUUCAGCCACAGUAGAAGAAAGGAGACAGUUUUAUUUUUCAUGGCACAGUGUGAUUUUUGAGUAAAUUAUUGUGCCUUUUCUAUUGUUCUAUUUUAGUCAUCACUGUUCUUGACUUUUUUGUAUUUAAUGAAUAAAAACAUUCUUUCCUACUAUAA